AUGGAUCUGAUACCGGCAAGGGCAGGUUUGUUAGAACUCACUGAUGAUCAGAUCAAGAAGUUGACGGUUUGUCCAGUCCAUCGAUUUACUUGGGGAAAAUACUGGCAAGCUCCAAAGACCUGUCAGUAUCCAAAACAUCACGGGAAGAAAGUGGCAAUAGCCGGAACACAUGUUAUUAAUUUCAAGACUGCAAGGGAAAUAAAAAAUAUCUUUGGAGAAGCCGUUCCCGUUGGCUCACGUAAGUACUAUGGACUAGCAACUAUAACUGUUUUAUGCUUUCAUUUUAUAAUUAACAUAUCAGAAUUAAAAGGUUUGUCUUCCUUAACAUUUCAACUAAAUACUUUCGUUCGUAAUCUAAUUACUUAAAAGCGAACUGUAGACUGAGGGGAAGUCCCAUUCCAUAUAUUUUGUGAACGAUAAACGAUCGAUGCCGUAUUUGGUAGUAUUUUGCAACCAGAAAAUAAUUUCCAAAAAAAUAACAUAUCAAAUGAUCAUAGUUUGGUUUUUGUAGUUCAUUACAGCAAUAGUUCUUUGCUGUGCGUCAUCCAUAAAUCUGGUCGCUGAUUUAUAGCCUAUAUAAUAUAAUUUCCAAGAUGGGACAUAAAGAUAUAGCUUCUUUUAUUAACUUAGUAGUAAAUAUAGUAUUUUUUAACAAGUAUUUCCAGGUUGCAAAACUUUUUUUUGUUUCUUUUUGUUACUAGCUAUUUGCACAACGUGCAGAAAGAGACACAGUGAAGAAUUAGAUCGGAAAUCAGACUGGCUAUACCCUGAGGAAACUGAGGGAGAUGUGCUCCUUCAAAGGUGCUGUCGGGAGGGUAGUCGUUUGGCUGUUGUUUUAUAAAAAACACACACACGGUUGUCCUGUCAGGAUAUCCUAUCGCAAGGCAACUAAGUAGCAGCCUUUCCAUUUUUAUUCUCCGCAGACCUGCUAAAGAGGCUGCUGUGGGAGCCAUCGGUCGCAUGGUCACUUCGACUCCAUUUCUUGAAGACCAAUCAACGCCAGCUUCCUGGAAUCCCAUAACACCAUGCUGGACUCCAGGGUCAGAGGAGGCCUCUUUUACGUCACCCGUGGUAACCGAUGCAGUUGGCAGGUAUAACGAGGCGAUGGAUACAAUUACGAGUCUUACUACACAACAACAAGUAGAACGCGAGCCCCUUAAAUAUCAGCUUAAAACUCCAUUCCAAAACUUAAGCGAUGGGGAACAGCUGAAAUGUGUAAAAAAGGCUAAAGAGGACUGCUUGCACGUAUGUAAUGUAAUUGCCUCAGGUAACGGGGAGGAGCUCUUCGAGUCAAUGAUGUCUGUACAAAGAGAAUUAUUUGAUGGCUCAGCCCCCGAUGAUCUUGUGGUACUCAUGACUGCUUAUAUGAACCUGAAGACCAGGAAUUUAAAGAAACAGAUUCUGAGCCUUUACGCUCAUAGAUACCCUAUGACCAAACUUCAGAAAAUUCACCAACCUUACGGAAGUCUCCCCACAUGGGAAAUAAAGCAAGCCCGUUCUCAUGCAAAAAUGCACGGCUCUGGGACCAUCCCUAAAAUCAAGACGAAGCAUCGCGUACGCCUUGAUAUGGGGAAGGUCGACCACUUUGUAGAAUUCAUUAAUAAACCGUACUUUUAUCAGGAUGUUUCAUAUGGUAACAAGGUACUCGCCCUAGAAAAUAUGGUGACAGAAUUGAGAUGCCUAACGUUGUUAGGGUCCUGACAAGUUCUACAAUGAUUGAGCAAUACUUGGAGUAUUGCAAAGAGCAAUGUGACGAGCCACUUAGUAGGUCUACUCUGUUUAAAAUAUUGGAGGUUCGAGAAGCGUCCCAGCGUAAAUCGCUCCAGGGAUUAG